AUGUUAACUUCUAGUUCGAAUAAUAACAAUACUACCUCUAGUACGAAUGGUAGUACUAAUAAUAAUUCAUCAUCAUCAAUAACGUCAUCAGCAAGUACAUCUAUUUCUAAUACAACAACGACAUCUUCAAUAAUAACUUCAAAUAAUAAUAACAACAAUGGAAGUACAACAACUGGUGGUAAUAACGUUGGAUCAUCAUCAUUAGGAACUUUGAAUAGUAGUUCUAAUAAUGCAAAUAACAAUAAUAAUAAUGGAGGAUCAUUGUUGACAACACCUACAAUUGCAACUCCUGGUAUGAAUAACAAUUUAAUGUUGAAUUCUGGAGGAGUUUCAUUGUUAAGUAUGGCUCAAUCUCCACCUUCGAAUAAUUCUAUUCUAAACUCUGGACUUCAUUCGUCAAGUUUGUAUGGCAUUCAGAAAAAUGCAACUGAAAACGUUCCUACUAAUAGUACAGUAACAACAAGAGAUGAAAAUUCAGUGUAUGGAAACUAUUCGAAAAUUGUUGAAAAAUCAGAAACCUUUAGAACAGUGACAUAUGCAAACGUUUCACGUUUGGCAACAGAUUUUGGAUUUUUAAUUGAUAACGAGGAGUUGAGUGACGUACAACUAAGAAUUGGAAGUGGGAAGAAUCAAAGAACAUUCCAUUGUCAUAAGGUUAUAUUAUGUCAGAGAUCUGAAUAUUUCAGAAAUAUGUUCCUUGUGAGUAGGGGAAUGUUUUUAGAAUCUGGAACACCUCUUUCAACAGGUACAAGUUUACCAUUCUCUGGUAAUUCAGAGGUGUUGACUAAUUCGUUCGGCACUAGAAUUUCAAUUGUAGAAAAACCAAAUAUUACACCUAUUGUUUUUGAAAAGGUAUUACAAUAUAUUUAUACUGGAAGAGUUACGUUUACCACACAACUCAAACAUAAGAAAAUCAAGGAUAAAACAGUGCAUGUCACUCACAUGAUUAGCACAGAUGAUAUUGAUAAUGUCAUUUCAAUGUGUAUGCAUGUAUUGGCAGCUGCUGAUGAAUUGAUUUUGUUGGAACUCAAGAAUUUCUGUGUUGACUAUGUAAAGCAAUACAUUGAUUCGGAGUCGGCCAUUGUUCUAUUGGACUUGGCAUCAAAGUAUGGUUCUGAGGAUUUAAUUGAAAAUUGCUUUGACUUUAUCAAGCAUAAUGCUAGAGAAGUGAUUGCAAGUGAAUCGUUACCUUUUGUAUCCAAGCUCACUAUGAAGACUUUCCUUGAGAGUGAAUAUCUCGCUGUGGAUGAAAUUGAACUGUUUCGUGCCUUGUUGAGAUGGGGUUUGUCACAAAUUGAACACUGUCAAGAUGAAGAUGCUGUAGAGACCUACAUUGCCAAUGCAGAUGAUGAGGAACUUUCUGAUGAAGAAGAGGAAAUUGCUCUCGGCAGCAAUGGUCUAUCACCAGAGGAUAUUUCACACAUUAAGGAGAUACUAUCACAACCUCCAGAAGAGGAAGAGUUAAUCUUCCGUAAAAAGCAUAUAGCCAUGUUCAGAAAGAAACAAUUACUGAAUGAUUACGAGAGCCCAAAUGAUGGAGAUGACACUGAGACAAUUCCAUUUGCUGUUGUCAAAAAUCCACUGAGGGAUGACAUUAGUUUGCACACAAGACUCUCAUUAGAUCCUGUACCUCAAAAUAGACAUCAUACCGAUUUGAUUCAACUUGCAAAUAGAUUGAGGGAUGAGGAUAAACAACUAUUAAGAGAUGCUUGCAUGGAUUUAAUUUCUUGCAUUCGUUUCCCUCUCAUGACAGCUCAUCAAUUGACAGAUGUUGUGGAAAUAUUUAAUAUUGUGGAGGAUUCACUAUUGUUGGAAGCUUACAGGCAUGUAUGUGCACCAGAUAGAACACCACUUGUGAAUUGCAAAAGAGCCCAGAAGAGAAAGGGAGCCACUGAAGGAGAGAAUACUCACUUUGGAAUUUCCACCAUUUUGAAGAGUAAAAACAGGCAGGAACUUAUCAAAAUGGCUGGAGAAACCUCUAUUACAAAAGGAAAAAUUUGGACCUUGGCUUUCAAAGCUACAAAGGAUGGAUUUGACAGUAAUGUAUUCCACAAAAUGUGUGACCAGAAGGGACCCUCCAUUCUUGUUUGCAGAACUACUGAGGGUUACAUAUUCGGUGGAUACAAUUCAGUGGAGUGGAAUUCAAGUAAUCAAUGGCUUAAGGCAAAUGAUACUUUCCUCUUUAGUUUGAUCAAUCCAUACAAUGAUGGUCCAAGAAAACUCAAAGUUAAGAAUACACAGAGAGCUGUCUAUUGUCAUGCAAGUUCAGGUCCAUCAUUUGGUGGAGGUACAAAUCUCGUAUUCGAUCCCUAUGAUUUAUAUCUCGAUUCCACCCUUAAACGAGGCCAUACCAAUGUUGGAGGUGCUUAUUCAACAUUCAGAGGAGGAUUCAGAAGUGAUGAAGCUCAAAAGAGUUUAGCAGGAAGCUUGAAUGCAUGGAUUUUAAACGAAGUUGAAGUUUAUCUUCUCCAAUAA